AUGGCCCCCCAAUUCUUCACCAUCCCCUUCACCUCCUACACCCCCACCAGCGCCUGGACCUCCUUCCUCUCCCACCUCGCGCAGCCCCACCUCACCCGCAGCCCCCUCCGCCUCAUCCCACAGCCCAUCUCCUCGCGCGACGCCGCCGACAAGCACUUCUGGACCACCCUCUACACCGCCAAGGCCACGCCCACCGACAUCUCCUCGCCCGCGCGCGCGCACCUGCGCGACUGGAAAUGCACGCUCACGCUGCCCACCGCGCUGUCCCUGCUCGCCGACCACGGGACGCUCAUGGUGUUUAUCGGGCCGAACUGGAGCGGCGCGGAGCGGCGCGCGGCGCAGCGCACGGGCGGGUGCGGGCGGGUGGGGUGGCACUGCUUUGUGGCCUUCUGGAGGGAUGGCGUCUGGGGCGUGUAUGACCCGAGUUUUGCCGGCGCUGGGCGAGGGCUGGCGGGGAUGGAGGGGCUGAGGCUGUUUCGGUAUAUGCUGGAGGAGAUGCGCGAGGAUGGGUUGGUGGUUGAUGAGGUGUGGGUUGGGGGCGGGGGGAAUAGCGAUGGGGAGUGCUCGGAGAUGAGUAGGAGGUGGGUGCAGGAGGAGGUGGUGAGUAAGAUGGGGGUGGAGCUGGGGAGGUGGGAGGGGAGGGAGGGGUGGGUGAGGGUUUAUGAUAUAUAG